GUGUUUUUGGAAUUUGGGUCCACCCCCAAGUUCAAAAUGGCUAUAAAUAACUACGUCCAUACACUUUGUGCACACCACACACAUAUAUAGACGAAGAGUUAGCAGGAUAUGGCACAGCAUAACAAGAAGCUGGUGGAGUUGUUAUACGAUUCACUGGCGCGGGGGGACACGGAGGCGGCGGCGGCACUGCUGGCGCGGGACGUGGACUGGUGGUUCCACGGGCCCCGGCGGUGCCAGCACAUGCGGCGGCUGCUGACGGGGGAGGCGGUGGACGAGUUCCGGUUUGUGCCGCGGCGGAUCGCGGAGGUGGGCGAGGGGGCGGGGCUAGGGUGGGUUGUCGCGGAAGGGUGGGAAGGCGAGCAGGCGUAUUGGGUCCACGCCUGGGCCGUCGAGGGCGGAGUCAUCACGCGGUUUCGCGAGUAUUUUAACACGUCGGUUACCGUCAGAGAAGUUGGUCGGGCCGCCGCCACCGCCGCCGACGUUGGAUGCGGAGACGGAGACGCCGUUUGGCAGAGCCAGGCACGUGCACAGACCAGCCGGUCGUUGCCGGGGCUCGUCCUCGCAAUUUAGACUCGGUGUACAGUUUUGAUCAAAAUAUGUUAAGCAGGGGAAGGGUUCUGGUACAUUUUGGGUAUGUUGUUGUGUGAGUGGGAAUGCGCGCGUGUUUUGUACGAAUUUUAAGGUUGGGCCCUUUCAAUCAAGUUGCGUAUUAUAAUUUGUCAUUUU